AUGGAAGCAGCGGAGUUAAAGGAGCUACUCAGACAACAGGAAAAUUUUCUGAAGUCUUUAAUGAUCAGUCAAAGAGAAUGGAUGGAAAAAGUGACGAAGCCAGGUAUGGUUAUGGAUGGCUUGGGUAGACUUGCAUCAAAUACACCUGCGCCUCCACCUUUUCAUCAAUACCAGAAAGAGAAGCAUCACUGGGAAUCAUAUUUGAAGCAACUAGAGCAACAUUUUUCGGCAUACUCGGUAGAGGAAGACCAGCAAAAAAGGGCGUUCCUUCUUUCAUGGGUAGGUUCUGAGAUUUUUGAAUUGGCUCAAAAAUUACUUGGGGACAAAUUAGAGGAUCUGUCAUUUAAGGUUAUCACAGAUAAAUUGUCUGAACAUUUUAAACGCAACGUUCACAUAUUGGCAGCUCGAUAUGAGUUUUUUCAGGCGAAAAUGGGGGAAGGCCAAAGCUAUGCAGAUUGGGUAGCUGAGCUACGUGGCUCAUCCCGCAAUUGUAAGUAUAUCUGUUCCAAACCAGAAUGCAAGCAAGAAUUUGUUGAUGAACUGCUGCGGGAUACGAUAGUCAUCAAUACUCCCCACGAUGCUGUCCGUACGGCAGCUCUCCAAAAGCCAAACCCUACUCUGGAAGAUGUACUUUUGAUAGCAGAAUCUUAUGAAGCCACGAAAAACACAGUAAGUGUCCUUAAAAAUGUAAAAGGGCAAAGUACUCAACAGCAAGAAAUUUUUCGUAUAGACGCAAAUAAAACGCGUAAAAAUCGUCCGAUGAGUGAAGGUAGAGGGAAAAGUAGCGGUCAAAUUACGGAGCCAAUUAAAUCGUGUCCGCGGUGUGGGGUAAGCCACAAUAGAGACAGUUGUAAAUUUCGUAAUGCGGACUGUUAUAGUUGCAACGGUACUGGUCAUAUCGCCUCAGUUUGUUUAACGGGUAGUAGAAAUAAAAAAAGAAACAAGCAUUCUUAUCGUAGGAAUCGCUCUCGCAAUAGACAGUCGGUUAACGGGUCGAAGAAAAUGGAAAAUAUUGAGACGAUGGACAGUCACAUGAUCGAUUUUAUUAACGUGGUAGAUUUAGACAAUCAAAGUGAAACGGCACACGAUACGAAUGUUUUGCAAAGUCAGCCAGUCCGAAAAGGCAAUAAAAUGAUUUUAAAACUUAAAAUAAAUGAUCGGUUUAUGGAUUUCUUAGUGGAUACUGGGGCUUCAUGCUCCAUGGUUAGCAGAGAACAAUUUAGACAGUUGCAAUGUAACCAGCUGCAGCCGGCAGGCAUUGUUCUUAAGGCGUAUGGUGACAUUACAGUGCCCGUGCUUGGAAAAGCAUUCGUCAAUGUGGAAUACGACUCGAUUAAAAUGGUGCUACCUCUCAUUGUGACUGAUGUUAAAGCGGCUAAUAAUAUUCUCGGCAUAGACUGGCUAGACUCAUUUGGGCUUAAUAUGAAGCAAGAGGUAGUAUAUAAUAUAUCUAACGUCACGUUAAAAUCGAAGGUAAAUGAUUUAUGUAAUGAAUUUAGUAGCAUUUUUGAUAAAUCAUUAGGCCGUUGCAUACCUUUUAAAGCCCAUCUACAACUAAAAUCUAAAGCGUCUCCAAAGUUUUUCAGAAGCCGUCCAAUCCCUUUUUCUCAGAUGGAUUCGUUUAAGCAGGAAGUGGAGCGCCUUGUGUCAGAAGGAAUUUGGAAACCAAUUAAGUUUAGUAAUUGGGCAGCACCAGUCGUCGUGGUACCAAAGAGUGACGGGCGAGUACGAAUCUGUGGGGACUUCAAAGCUUUAAAUGCGCAGUUAGAAGUAGAACAUGCGCUUAUACCGAGAGUAGAAGAGAUGUUAUACAAGGUGCGAGGUGGCAAAUUUUUUGCAAAAAUUGAUCUGUCGGACGCUUACCUCCAGGUUGAGCUGGAUGAUGAAUCGAAGGAGUUUAUGGUCGUCAACACAGUCAUGGGAUUGUACCAGUGUCAGAGGUUGCCGUUUGGAGUUGCUAGUGCGCCGGCAAUAUUCCAAAGAUUAGUUGAACAGGUAAUUGCGGGGGUUCGCCAGUGUGGGAACUAUAUUGAUGAUAUAAUUGUGGCAGCCGAAACCACUCAUGAGCUCUUGGACACUUUACGCGAAAUUUUUGAAAGGCUUAAGUCAUAUGGUCUGGUUUGCAAGCGUGAAAAAUGUAUUUUGUUGGAGACAGAAAUUGAAUUUCUAGGCCACAUCAUUAGUGAGACAGGUAUUAGACCUUCAGAUUCCAAGGUUAUCGCGAUUAAAGAAUUGCCACGUCCAACUAACGUGAAAGAUGUACAGGCUUUCAUGGGGAAAGUCAAUUAUUAUAAUAAAUUCAUUAAAAACUUAUCUCAAAUCAGUGCCCCUUUAAAUAUACUCCGCAGGAAUGAUACAGCGUUUGUGUGGCGGAAAGAGCAAGAGUCAGCAUUUCAAUAUUUAAAAUCACAACUAGUGGACGCAACGAGGCUAUCUCAUUUUCGUGACGAUUUGCCUAUAAUUCUGGCUACGGACGCUUCAAAAACUUUGAACAUACAUCAAAAACGGUAUAGUCAGAUAGAGAAGGAGGCCCUCUCUAUCAUAUACGGGGUGCAGAAGUUUAAUCAGUAUCUUUACGGUCGACAUUUUAUUUUGUAUACGGACCAUAAGCCGCUGGUCUCAAUAUUUAACCCUGAAAAAAAUUUACCUGUCUUUACAGCUCAAAGAUUGCAGCGCUGGGCUUUGUUCUUGAUGGGUUAUCAAUAUAGCAUCAGAUACAAGCCUACAAGUAAACAUGGAAACGCAGACGCGUUGUCGCGGUUACCAAUGGGCCAGGAUGAGCAAUUUGAUGCAAGCGAAAACUCCUGUCUGCAUGUUCAAUUUGAUGAAGUGAUUGAAGCGUUUCCAGUGGAUGCCAAGCAAAUAGCCAGUGCCACAGCCGUAGAUCCCGUUCUAUCCAAAGUACUCAAGUUUUUACGCCACGGCUGGCCGGACUCAUCAAAGCUUAUAGAUAAACAGUUGAAACCUUAUUUUGACCGAAGAUAUUCUCUUCUCAUAGAAAAUAAUAUUAUUUUACUUCAGGCUGAGCACGUUCGCGUCGUUGUUCCAGCAUCGCAGCAGCCAAAUGUGUUGAAGCUCCUCCACGAUGGACACUGGGGGAUCACAAGAAUGAAGCAGCUAUCCAGGAGAUAUUGCUGGUGGCCAUUUAUAGACAAGGCCAUAACCGAACGUGCAGCAAAAUGCAUACAAUGUCAGGAAACAAGCAGUAGCCCAAGGAAGGAGUAUUCGUCGUGGCCGUCACCUGAUCAUGCAUGGCAGCGUAUACACCUGGAUUUUGCGGGUCCAUUUCUUGGACACAUGUGGUUGGUCUGUAUAGAUGCAUUUUCUAAGUUUCCGUUCGUUGUUAAAAUGUCCACAACAACGUCAUCUGCCACAAUUUCAAUUCUGAAAGGUAUUUUUGCGCUGGAGGGACUACCUGAUACAAUCGUCUCGGACAAUGGUCGACAAUUUGUGUCCCACGAGUUUGAACAAUUCUGUUCUUCAAAUGGAAUUCAACAUUUGACGUCAGCACCUUUUCAUCCUGCCUCUAAUGGAGAGGCUGAACGUUUUGUAAGGACCUUUAAAACGUCAUUAAAGAAGAUUAUGGAAGGAGGAGAAGACUUGAAUAAUGCGUUACUUCACCAUUUAAGCACUUUUCGAUCGACACCGAAUCCUGUUACCGGGAAAUCACCAGCAGAAAUAUUACAUGGACGACAGCCUAAAAUUCCUCUUGCUUUGAUGUUCCCUCGACAGAACAAACUACAAAGCAGCAAAGGACUUAAUCGUUUUGUUAGCGAACAGCUAGUGUUAGUGAAGAACUUCUCAAGAGGACCAAAAUGGAUUCGAGGUAGGGUAAAAAAGCAACUUGGGCGGAUGACAUACCUUGUAUCCACAGUUUUUGGAGCUCUUAAGCGACACCAAAACCAGAUGAGGGCUCAGCACUCGAAUGAAAAUCACUUGGAUGAGUUUUUCAUGAAUAAGGGCCUUCAAAGUUCUGCAGCAAAUCAGGCAAGUAUAAAUUCUGAUAAUACUAAUAUUCCUUCAGUCUCAUCGACAGUAAGCAAGAUUGUUCCAGAAACAAGGGACAACAAUGCAGCUGCCAAGCCGUCGGUGAUUCCGGCUGUGCAAACACCUAGACGCUCUUACAGACAACGAAGACCUGUCGUUCGAUUCCAGGUCUCACAUUGA